CGCCAUCUUGGUUCUCGAACAGAACGUGAGAAAAAGCAAAAGUGAGCGCUUUUUUCUUUGAGAUUUAUCUCCUUUACUGUCACGCUUUUAGGUUUACAUUGUAAUAUUACUGAUCUGUAUCAUUUUGAUUGCAGUGGCAAAGGCAAAAGCAAAGUAAGUGAUCGCAUGAAUACACACAUUUUUUGCUAUCAAUCCCCUUUGGAUUUCAUCAGAUUUCAAAAUAAAUUUUCAACCAGUUAUCAAAGUGUGGGAUAGGUUACGGAAAUAAAUCCAACUUAGAGUAUUCUGUACUGAUGAACUGUUUUAUAGGGCGAAUUGUGGUAUUUGCAGCUGUACACCACCAUGUAUUAUUACAAAAAAUAUCAAUAAUGAUGAUGAUGAUGAUGAUGAUGAUGAUGAUGAUGAUGAUGAUGAUAACGACAACCACGACAAUGAUGAGAACAGUGUCAAUGACCAUAAUACUAGUAAAACUAACUAAAUAUCAUGUCAAGAAAAAAAUACCAAAAUUAGUAAAGUAACAGCUUGUUGAAUGACAUGACAUGUGCAUUUUAACUUCCUUGUUUAUGUAGGAGACUGAUUGUAAGACUUGUUAGCAUGGCUGGUACAGGUUAUUAUUAUAUGAUGACGAGAAAUAGACUCAAAACAAGACCUCUGGAAUUCAUGAAAUAUGAUCCUAUAGGUAAGUAAUAAGUAAGCGCAGGUCUGGAACACUGUAGCCUGAGAGCAAUUUUCUCCUCUUGGAAGUCACUCUCGGGCUUGCCACUCGCUUUCACAUUAUCAGGCAGCUCGCUUCAUUUGCCCCUUGAAAUAGAGAGCUUGUUCACAGGCUAGGAACACUGUGGAGGAUAAGAGUACCUAAAGCUAAAAGCCUAAGAAAGAGACCUCUCCCUUUUAACCUAAGAAAUUAUUUUUCAGGUGUCUAUACACCUGCCUACAUUUUUUCAAGUCAAAGGUACAAAAUUUUUUCCUUAGAGUGCCAGGAUUUUCCUAAGAGGACCCUAUCAUGUCCGAAAAGGUCCAAUGAUUUCCAAAGACGUUCCAAAGUUCUUAAAAAAAUGACUCUGAAAUUAUUUCAUUUUACAGUCAAAUAUUUUGACAAACUACGAUCAUUCAUAUGGACUUUUCUGUUCUCAUAAUGGUUCAAGUUUUUUCUAACUCUCUGUUUUAAGGAAAAUGGGUCUGUUGGGGCUGCCAUUUGUGAGAAAUUUGCCCACAAUUAUAGAGCUGGUGUGAGAUCGUAGUUUUACAGGGCUCGAAAAAAGUCCCUCUGGUUGUCCGGGACAAGCAGAUUUUCAUCCAGGGCAAAUAACUUUUAAUUCCCUUGCCCAAUGGGCAAGGGUCUAAGUAAGUCAUCUUCUAACUAAAUCAAUAACUAAGACAAGCAAGAAGUGGCCCCCAGCAAGCAAAAUGUGAGAGCUGCUUGCCCAAAGGAUAAGCUGGAAUUCAAGGUUUCUUCGAGCCCUGUUUAGCUCCACCAGCAUGAGACUAGCCUGCAUGACGGGAGUUAACCCUUUAAGGCCCAACAUCCACAUACAAAUUCUCCUAACUGAUCUCCAUACAUUUCCUUUAAGAAUUAGCUAAGAUAAUUUUUAUAAAAGAUUGUGGCAUUUUCUCUGUAGUGAUCAUUUUAUUAAUUCUCCUAACUUUGUCUCUUGACAAUGUAUGGAUAUUGUUAGGAGAAAAUUGAUGUUGGUCACUAUUGGCACCUAAAGGGUUAAAAGGGUAAGGGGAAGAGGAAGGAGGGAUUCGGGCGUGUGAGGAGGGUGCAUGCCCUUUCCCCCUCCUUGUGCACUCCUUGCGAAUUCCCUCUUCCCCUUUUUACUCCUAUCAUGCAGGCUAGCAUGAGACUGGCAAGUGAAGAGUGAGAGUCUCCAGGUAUAAGUUUCUUCAGCAAAAUAAAUAGCUAUAUCAGUGGAUGUUUUGCAGUCAGAGCUUUUUCAGUGGAGGUAUUAAAUAUUACACAGUGAAUAUCAUACAUAAAAACAGUCACAAACAAUAAUCAUGAUAAUAUCUUUGUAAUUUUCUUCCUCCUCAGUGAACAAGCAUGUGUUAUUUGUGGAACAAAAAGUCAAGAAAGGAAAAUGAUUCUCUGUGGCAAUAAGAGACAAGACAGUAUUAAUUUGUAAGAUGAACUAUAAGGAAACAAGCAUUUCACAAUGGAUUCAGGAGGAAAAUUACAUUGUGUAAAUUGAUGGCAGCAUCGAAUCCCAAGGAAAGGACAAAAAUACAUUGACUAAAAAUCCUGACUGUUAUUAAAUUGCACCUUUUGUGUCAGUGAAUCAGGACAAGAAAUACAGCAAGGGAAUGAUAAGAAGUGAAAAUUAGCUAGGCUUUGUCCUAUUUUCUCCUGCUUAAAUUGCCACUGGCAUUUUUUCCUUGUUUGCCAUUGUAAGAAAAUAAUAGUCAAGUAGUCCCUUUGACAAGCUGGAAGAUAAGAUAUUUAUUCUCAUUUUUGUUUAUUCCAUAUUUUUUUGAAACAUGAGGCCCCAAAGAAAUGUCACUAGGUUUAACAGUGGAAGUUGACCCCAAGCAACUGUACAGGAAAUGUAUUUAGCUGUCAAGAACAGUGAUUUAAAACUUUUUCAAUGAGCAGACCAAACUUGAAACACACACAACUUGUUACAAACAGUUCAUCUUUUUAUCAGUAACUAACUAAGGACAAGGC